CCACGCCCCAUUCCCUUGCCAGCCUCGGCAUUUCUCGGCUAUGUAAUUAGCCUAAAGCACGCCUACCUGUGAGUUCCACGCCCCCCGACGCCAUUCCGCAUCCAGUGACCUGUGCGUAUCCCGCCCACCGCACCGACUAUGGUGGACCCGGCGGCUGCGGUCUGACUGGAGGCUACACCAUGAAUUUCUCCGAGCUGUUCAAGGUCUCCGGACAGCUGUGCAGGUUCUCCCCCAGCGGGAAGUAUCUGGCUUCCUGUGUGCAGUACCGGCUCGUCAUCCGUGAUGUUAGCACACUGCAGAUUCUCCAGCUCUACACCUGUCUGGAUCAGAUUCAGAGCAUUGAGUGGUCUACAGACUCCUUGUUUAUCCUGUGUGCCAUGUACAAGAGGGGCAUCGUACAGGUCUGGUCUCUGGAGCAGCCUGACUGGCACUGCAAGAUUGACGAGGGGUCGGCAGGGCUGGUGUCCUCCUGUUGGAGCCCAGAUGGCCGUCACAUUCUCAACACAACAGAGUUUCAUCUGCGGAUAACUCUGUGGUCACUCAGUGCAAAAUCUGUGUCAUACAUCAAGUAUCCAAAAGCUUGUCAGAAGGGAAUAGCCUUCACAAGCGAUGGGCGGCACAUGGCUCUAGCAGAGAGACGGGACUGCAAAGAUUACAUUAGCAUAUUUGUGUGCAACGACUGGCGCCUGCUAAGGCAUUUCGAGACAGACACUCAGGACCUGACCGGCAUCGAUUGGGCCCCCAAUGGCUGUGUCCUCGCUGUGUGGGACACGUGUCUGGAGUACAAGGUGUUACUGUAUUCGUUAGACGGACGCCUGCUGUCCAGCUACGGCGCCUACGAGUGGUCCCUGGGUAUUAAAUCUGUCGCCUGGAGCCCAAGCAGCCAGUUCCUUGCAGUUGGUAGCUAUGAUGAGAAGGUUCGAAUCCUUAACCACGUUACAUGGAAGCCGAUCAAAGAACUCGCACAUCCAGCUACAAUAUCCAGCCCAAAGAUUGUGGUUUACAAGGAGGUGGACAAAUGCCAGAGUGUUGUACCUAGCCAGCUUACCUUUCCUCCUCCACGAGGGAUCCCCAACAGUCUAUUUACAGUCCACAGUAAAUAUGACCUCACAGAGGUGCCGGUGUCCUUACGCACCAUCAAACCCGAUACGGAUCGUGCAAAUCCAGAACUUGGCAUCGGGCUGUUGGCGUUUAGCCCUGAUAAUCGGUACUUGGCAACUAAAAACGACAACAUGCCAUUUUGUGUCUGGAUAUGGGACAUGCAGAAGAUGAGGCUAUUUGUAGUGCUGGAGCAGACAUCACCUGUGAGGUCUUUUCAGUGGGACCCCAUCCGGCCGAGGCUAGCCAUCUGCACUGGAAAUAGCAAUGUGUAUUUGUGGUCUCCUACUGGCAGUCUGUCCGUGCAAGUGCCAGUGGAAGGUGAUUUUAAAGUGCUGGCAAUAGCAUGGCAUCCGCUUGGAGAAGACUCCCUACUUCUCAUAAGUAAGGAUCAUCUCUGUCUUUGUUACUUGGAGACUGGAGAUGAGCAGUGACCUCAGACGGAAGCUAUCUAAGAAAAACAUGUUUACAUAAUGGACUAAGGACACUGGACGUAGUAACUACAGCCCUGAAGAAUCUGCGGCUAUGGCUAUUUCUAAAUGAACGGACUGUCACGCGGGGAUCAUUGUGUCUGCAGAGCUCAGGACAAGGCAGGAACACUGUAUAUCUGCUGCAGUGCUUCCUUAUGUGUUGCCAGUCUGCAGUAAUGCUACCUAUUUAUGUCAGGCCACAAAGCAGCCCAUGAACUUAGAUUUGUGGUAGCCAUAGUAGGUGUUCUAUUUGCGUAACACACUUGCGCUAGAUUGUAGAGCCCUUUAGUAGGCUAAACAUUCCAUGUUAAUAGACUGUAUAUUGUGAUGUAAAUACAAUUUGAAAAUAUUAUUUAUGUUUAUCAAUAAACCCUUUUCAAUUUUUGAA